GUGUGGGCUCACACUCAUCAGUCUUUUCUUCACGUAGGUUUGGGAAAGGAAGCUGCCUGGAAACCGUACGUUCCAUAUAGUUAGCUAGUUGAAAGUGCAUCCUCUGCUUUUCCCCUUGCUCACUUCCCUCACUCACGAGUUUUAAAAGCUAAGAGAGAGUGAACGCUGUUUUGGGUGGUAGGUGUGUUAAUGGCUGCGUUAAUGAAGAUGGUGGAUGUUGCUCUGGUUCUCCUGAUCUCCCUGAGCCAGCUUGGAGGGAACUGGGUCGAAGCCCAAGUGCACCAUGUGGUCGGAGGCGACCGCGGCUGGGACCCAUCUUCCGACGUCUCUUCUUGGUCCUCCGCAAGAAACUUCAGGGUCGGAGAUAAAAUCUGGUUCACGUACUCUUCAUCACGGGAAAGCAUCGCUGAGCUGAAGAGCAAGGAGGAAUUCGAGCUGUGCGAUGUAAGCAACCCUAUCAGAAUGUACACGGACGGCUUGGAUAGCAUCUCACUGGAAGAGAAAGGGAUCCACUACUUCGCGAGCAGUAACCCUGAGAGCUGCAAGAACGGGCUGAAGUUACACGUUGAGGUGCUGCCUCAGGGAGAACCCGAAAUCCCAAAAGUAGCCACAUCGAUGGGCUCCGUUCUAGACGUAGCUGAUGGGCCCGCAAUCCCUUCUAGCUCAGCCCAUCUUGUUGGAAGCUUUAUCCUCUUGGCCUUUGGAUUUCUUUGCUGCUAUGCUGUUGUAGGUGUUUGAAGGUGGACUUUGGUAAAAUUUGAAAAUGGAAAAGAAACGACUCUUUGUCGUUUUGGUAUGUUUAAAUUUAAAAAUUAGGACUACUUGGGAGUUUCUAUCUACAAUCAGUUUGGAUCUUGCUUAUUAUUAUGGAUUAAAAGGAAAUUAUAAAAACUUUGAGCUUUCAGAGCUUGCAAUUGUUGU